CGUCUUUUUCCUCCUCAUCUUCCGUCAACCACAACACCACGGUCUUACCAGGUACCAGAUCAACCGUCAAAAUGGCUCCUUCUCAACUCCCCCCGAUCUUCAAUGCCACCUCCCAGGACAUUGAGAUGCUCCUCGCAGCUCAGUGCCACUUGGGCUCCAAGAACAUGCAGGUUCACAUGGAGAACUACCUCUGGAAGACUCGCCCGGAUGGAAUCAAUGUCAUCAACAUUGGCAAGACCUGGGAGAAGAUUGUCCUCGCUGCCCGUAUCAUCGCAGCCAUUGACAACCCCGCCGACAUCUGCGUUAUCUCCGCUCGCCCAUACGGACAGCGCGCUGUCCUGAAGUUCGCCCACCACACCGGUGCCGUCGCCAUCGCCGGUCGCUUCACCCCCGGUAACUUCACCAACUACAUCACCCGCUCUUUCAAGGAGCCCCGUCUCAUCAUCGUUACCGACCCCCGUACCGAUGCCCAGGCCAUCAAGGAGGCUUCCUACGUCAACAUCCCAGUCAUUGCCCUUUGCGACACUGACUCCCCAACUGAGUUCGUCGACGUUGCCAUCCCAACCAACAACAAGUCCCGCCACUCCAUCGGUCUCGUCUGGUGGAUGCUUGCCCGUGAGGUCCUCCGCCUGAGAGGUACCAUCGCCAACCGUGAGGCCGACUGGGACGUCAUGGUCGAUCUUUACUUCUACCGCGACCCUGAGGCCGAGGAGAACAAGGAGAUCGCCGAGGAGGCCAAGGUCCCCGGUGCUGAGGAGGUCGGAGCCGCUGCCAUCGAUACCGGCUUCGCUUCCGCUGGUGCCGCUGACUGGGAGGUCUCCGGCCCAGCUGCCGGUGCUUUCGCUGCCACUGCCGCCGCGACUGGUGCCGCUGCUGCUGCUGGUGCUGGAUGGGAUGGAGAGGCUGGUGCUGAGUGGGCUGCUCAGCCAGCUGGCACCACCGACUGGGCCGCUGCUGACCCAAAGGCCGCCACUGAGGACUGGUAGAUGCCUGUCUUCUAGGUCUUAUUACAGGUCAAACUGUAGAAAAAGAAACGAUUUGCUACCCCAUCAUGUCGUUGCCUGAUUGAGGAUUCGCGUGCCUGACACUUAUGAGGGAAAGAUACUGGGCCGCUGUUGCAGUCGUUCGGCGGUUGAGGGAAAGCCCUGUGCUGGCAUGUGUUUUGAUUCCUUUGUCUUGGGACGCGUACUAUAUGGAAUGCGAAGCUUGUCGGAGGAAUUACGCAAUAAUGCAUUACUGGAAGCUGUCCUCGGCCGCAUCUAUUUUGUGUGUCAUUUGGUGCCAUUGUGUGAUGUGUAUGUGACUAGUGUUUCUGCCUUGGUGCUAUGUUCCGUAAGCUGUCUCUAUUCCCCCUGGCAUAUCUAUUGUACCUUCCUACGAUAACAUGAAUGCUUCUCCA